AUGGGCGAGGCAGAGGAAGCAGCCUUCGAUGCCGCGAGGACAGCAACAAUUCGACGCAAGCCUGUGCCAGUACCACAGCAGCCGCCGUAUCCAAGCCAGAAGCGAGGUCUCCUGGAUCGAUGGAGGGAUUACUCUCGCCGGACUAAGAUCAUCGUUUUGGUGGUUGUUCUCGCCAUCAUCGUCUUGAUCAUCGGCCUCGCAGCGGGCCUGUCGACCCGCAAGCACACACAGAAUCUCCCGUUACCCUCAGGCAAUGGCGGCCCUUACACCGGCGACCUCACGUACUACGAACCUGGUUUGGGUGCAUGCGGCGUUACAUCCCAGAACAGCGACAAGAUUGUCGCCAUCUCGCACAUUGUCUUCGAUGCUAUUAGUGUCGGGAGCGAUCCAAAUGCAAAUCCGCUGUGUGGCAAGAAGAUAAGAGCAAGGAGGGAUAAUAAAAGUGUGGAUCUGACGGUCGUGGACAGGUGUACUGGCUGUCAGCCUAAAGACAUCGAUGUCACCAUUGACAUCUUUGCCGGUCUCGCCGACGUUGACCUGGGCAGGGUGCUGGUAGAAUGGAACUGGUUGGAGAAUGUCCCUGCUAAUGCUCAAGGCUGA